AUGGCUUGGAAGACAAGCUCACAACGCGAAAGAAGCUUGAAGGGUAACUUUGCCCCGAUUCAGUGUCAACGUGAUCUAGAGCCAUGCACGCACUACGGGACCAUUCCCGUUGAGCUGCAUGGUGGCCAGUAUGUUCGAAACGGUGGGAACCCGAGCUUUGGAAACGACCUCACUGGCCCCGUGCAUAUGUUCGACGGCGACGGGAUGCUGGCUGGUGUUUUAUUUCGAACAACCGAGCAACCUGGCAUUAUUGAGCCGUGCUUUGUCAACAAGUACAUCUUAACCGAUAUCUAUCUUGCUACCAAGUCCAUGCCGCAUGUGCGUUCGCCGAUAUUGCCCAGUAUGGCGACCCUAGUCAAUCCAUUGACUUCUACUCUUUCAACCCUCUACCAGCUUUGCCGGUUUGUAUUUCUUGUUCUAUGGUCCCAGUUGAACGUCCAUGGGCCCCCAGUGCGCAAAGUCAGUGUCGCGAACACGGCCAUUGUCUACCAUGAUCACAGGACGCUAGCGACUUGUCAGACUGGCCCGGCGAUGAGGGUGCAGCUGCCAAAUUUGGAAACUGUCGACUGGUACGAAAGCAGUACCUCGACUGAUUAUGAGCAUACUACGCCUGGCUUCGGCGAAAUUUUAUUCGGUCGCAAUGGAUUACUGGGGAUUUUACGGGAUUGGACCACCGCGCACCCAUUUAUUGAUCGCAUAAAUGGGGAUUUGAUUUCUUUCCAGUCAUCUUUUCUGCCACCAUUUGUCUGGUAUUCUGUUAUCCCCAGCAAAGCAGAAAGGAAAUCCAAACAUGCCGGAAUACAUGCUCCCAUAUCAGGCAUAUCGAGCCCAAAACUGAUGCAUGACUUUGGCGUAUCCCUCAAACACACUGUUAUUCUGGAUCUUCCAAUGUCAUUAGACCCCAUCAACAUCCUGAGGGGAAGACCCAUAGUGCACUACGAUCAGAGCUCGCCUUCGCGAUUUGGCAUUCUCCCCCGCCGUGACCCUGCUCUGAUCCGAUGGUUUGAAACAGAAGCUUGCUUUAUUUUCCAUACUGCAAGUACGUGGGAUGAACCCUCUCCAAAACCAAAAUCUCCGGAACAUGCCGAAGUCGAAGCAGUCAACAUGGUCGCCUGUCGCUACACAGGUGCCGAUAUGCUAUAUUCUAUGGCCUCCAUUGAUACGCGUUCGUUCUCAUCCUCCAACAAAAAGCACGGAAGUGACAGCCGGCUAUACUACUAUAGAUUCUUACUGUCGGACCACACUCAAAAUCGCAUUACACACCAAUGGGCGCUAUCAGCUAUCCCCUUUGAGAUGCCAGUCGUCUCACCAUCGACAAACACGCCCAAAUACGUGUAUGGAUGCUCCUCAAAAGACAAAAUGUUUGGAUCGAGCACAGACAACCCGAUGAAGAUCAACUGCCUUGUCAAAAUGGAUAUUGGAACUUUGAUCCAGCAAGGAAUCGAGAAAAAAACAAAGGAUGUCGAUGGGUGUGUUGAUGAAAGACUCAUUAGAGAAGUAAUACAAAGUGAGGAUACCGGAGAUUGUAUCAAGGUGUUUCAAGCCCCGGACGGGUGGUGCGCCCAGGAACCGUGUUUUGUUCCUCGAAAUCAAGCUCGCUCUGAAGACGAUGGAUAUAUUUUGACGCUCAUGUUUGAUGAAGGUCAGUUGGAUAAGAGUGGAAGAGCUCCGGAAGAUUCUAGGAGUGAAUUGUGGAUCCUUGACGCACUUGAUAUGAGGAGUGUCGUGGCCAGAAUCUUUCUUCCGCAGAGGGUGCCGUAUGGGUUCCAUGGCAAAUGGUUCACGCAUGAGCAGAUAAAGAUGCAAAGACCGUAUAAAUCUCUGCGCAAACACCAGUGGCAUAAUCUAUAA